CAAAGGUUGAGGAGGUCGUAAAUACUUCAAAAUUUGGGUAGUCUUCCUGUUAUUUCCCGGGGCAAAGGUCGAACAAAAAAGCAAUCUCAAAACCCACUGCCAAAUCGAGUUCCAAUUCCCCCAAAUUCCCAACCCUAAAUCUUGAAAUCUCUUCAUCAUCUACUGCUUCUCGGCAGAAUUAAUCAUGUUGUUAUCCCCUGGCCACUCCCCCCGCCACCUCUCUACUCCUUCCCCCGCCCCUUCCCUCUCCUCCGAUCCGAACCCUAACCCUAAUUCCUCCGUUGUUUCUACUUCCGGUCCUAAUGCCAUCACCGGCAAGCGCCGCCGCGGGUCCACUGUUCUGGACGAAGACACCUACGUCGCCGCCAUCGAGAAGAUCAUCGAGCGGGAUUUCUUCCCUGACAUCCCCAAGCUGCGUGAUCGCCUCGACUGGCUGCAGGCUGUGCGCACACAAGACCCUGUGCUUAUCCGCGACGCCCAGCUGAAGAUCCUCGAACGCCGCCGCCAACGGAAAUUGGGGGAUGCUGCUGAUGCUUCUACACGCUCCACCACUGCCACUCCUGGUUCGACUUUCUUCCGGAAUACUUCUGUAACUCCCUCCCUUUAUAGUGAGCAUAAAGAGAAUUUUCUAAGUGAUGAACAUGACGACGGUGGUGAUGGAGGCGAAGAGCAAGUGGAUGUAUCGCUCUCGCUUGAUGAAUUCUGUAGGAAGUACACCAGCGAGGAUAAUGAGAGCUUCUCAAGAAUUAUGGAGAAAGUGAACAGAAAGAGGAAGGAAAAGUAUGGGUAUUUGUUGGAAUGUGGUGCAUCUGAAGAGGAUGAUGGGAACAAUUUGAUUGAGAAUGGUAGUAAACGAGAGAGAAUUGAUACUGAUGGAUAUGGGACAUCAGAUCAGCCGUUGAGUACUUUGAAAGGGUGGAAAUACACGCCAAAGAACUUAUUGAUGUAUCAUCCAGCUGAUAGAGGGGAGGCACCUUUAACAGAGGAGGAGAGAGCCCUGAGGCUGAAAGGGUUAACAAAAGAGAUUAGCAGAUCGAAUACGCGUUUCCAUGGGAAGACAAUGGAUGCUAAUGCAUUGAAGGAUGAUGAUGACAAUGCUGCAGUGCUUUACGCUCCUGUGGCUGGGGCUACCCCAGUUCCAGUAUCAUAUAGAGAUGGUGAUAAACUGAAGAGGUAUGAUUUGGAGGACCUGAGGAAGACUCCCAAUAAAUUUUAUGUGGAAUCUGAGAAGAAGGCAGAGAAUGGAUAUAGUUUUGUGAAAACACCAUCUCCUGCUCCAGGGGUGGACGAGUCACCAUUUAUAACAUGGGGAGAGAUUGAGGGCACACCAUUGAGAUUAGAUCCAGAGGAUACACCAAUUGAUAUUGGGGGUAGCGGGGAGGGGCCACAAUUUAAAAUCCCAAUGCCGCCUUCGAGGGAUGUGAAAGCACAUACUUUGUCUAGGGAAGCUGCAAGGAAGCUCAGAGAGAGGUCAAAGAUGUUUCAUAAACCACCAUUGCCUUCACCAGUUAGAGGAGGGAGCGCCAGUCCAAGCACGCGGAUUCUAUCACCUGCUGCCCAGAAGUUUAUGAGGAAUGCAAUUGCUAAGUCUUCCCGAUCUAUUGAUGAAUCACUGCGAGCAAGCUACCGCAGCGGCAGCCCUGGAUUGAGUACUCCAAAAGCUAGCAGGAGUGUGUCUAGAUUGGCAAGAGAUGGCAGCAUGGGUUCCAGAUUGCCCUCGGUAAGAGAGGGCUCUAAUCCACCAUGGUAAUCUGGUUCCUCCAGCCUGGGGUCAAGGUAGCAAUUGUACUAUAUCAAAAAUAGUCUUAGGAUGGAGUACGGGUUUUAUUUUCAAAAAAAUCGUAGAGCAUUGGAAGAAAAUGAAAAGUAUCAAAGUCGUCUAAUGUGUACCCUGUUCUCUGUUCAUUGGCUUGGAUGCUGUUUUCUUUUCUGUUUCUGUAUCUCUUGAUUAGUGAAAUGAUGUUUUUUUAUUUCUGCGUAAUUUUUGUAAAGGAUGAAAGUUGUUCAACGCAAUACUUAUUGUCUGAAAUGUGUAAUGCAAAAGAAGAAAAUUCAAUU